AUGCCCGUGACCUGCGCCGCCGCCUCCCCUCCGUCGAUUUGCAGCGACGCCGUCCUCUUCGACACGGUCAACUCGUACUACGCUGGGAUCGCGCGCAUGGCGCUCGAGGAGCGCGGCGUGCGCUUCACGUCUCAGUACGUCUCGAUGCCGUCUAUGGAGCAGCUCGCGCCAUGGUACAUGCGGCUCAGCCCGGCGGGCCAGAUCCCUGCGCUGAGGACUGCGGCCGGAGAGACUGUUACCGACAGCCGCAGCAUCGUCAGUUGGGCAUACGGGACCGACGAGACGCCCAACGAGAAGGAGCUGCUCGACCUGCUCUACGCAGAGUGCCCGGGCAGUCUCGCCUUCCUCACGGGCGAGGCCACCCUCCGCCUGCUCAAGGUGAUGGUCCGCUCGCCGGCAAAGAGACUGAUGCUGACGCGCAAGAUCCGCCGCCUCCAGUCCGAGAACCCGGACCUGCACGACAUCUAUGAGAAGAAGCUGGCCGCCACUCCCUCGCCCGGCUCGGCACCUGCCGCCAUGUCGGCCAAGCACUUCACAAAGUCGCUGAGCGACGUGCAGGCCCGCAUCCAGGCUACCGUCGACCGGCUCGACGCCCAGCUGGAGCGGAAUGGCGGGCCGUGGCUGCUUGGCGCGUCCUUCUGCCGCGCGGACGUGGUGGCGGUGGCGCAGCUCCAGUGGGUGCAGCGCUGCAACGAGUACGGCGCCGCGCCGGUCGUGCUGCCGGAGGGGGUGCGUGCGUACCUGGCCCGCGCGAGGGAGCGGCCGAGCUUCCAGGCCGCCAUCGGCCAGCACGGGGAGGCCGCCUUCGCGCUGACGAUGAUCAGGGACAAGAAUGCCGCCGCGGGACGGCUGCUGGGAGGGCUCGGCCUCGCCGCGGCGGUGUGCGGCGCAGCCGUGGUCAUACGCCGGGCGGGCGCCAGCUAG